UUCAGCUUUUCUCUGAUGUGUGUCCAAGGACUUGCAAAAACUUCCUUUGUCUAUGCACAGCACAGUCCUGGAGAGAAGCAGCCAGCCAGUGGGAAAGUAUGAUUAAUACAGCUAAACAGCUUGACCAAUGUCUUUAUCAAUGACAUUAAACAUUACUAGUAAAGAGGUGGGAGAGCUAGCAACAAGUUGGAAAAACUAAAUUGUUUGUGGGGUCCUGAUCACAUACAGGUAGUCCUCCACUUACAGCCAUUCCUUUAGUGACUGUUCUGAGUUACAGCGGCACGGGAAAAAAAUGACUUACAGCCAAUUCUCACACUUACAACCAGCACAACAUUCCCCACUGUCGCAUAAUCAAAAUUUGGGCACUUGGCAACCCGACAUAUAACGGCUGCAGCGUCUCGGGGGUCACAUGAUCGCCAUUUGCAACCUUGCCAGCCGGCUUCCGACAAGCAAAGUCGGUGGGGAAGCCAGAUUCGCUUAAUGAAGUUCGAUUCACUUAACAGUUGCAGUGAUUUGCUUAAUUGUGGCAAAAACUGGGUGAAGUUCACUCGAACAACCUCCUUGCUUAGCAACAGAAAUUCCAGUCCCAAUUGUCAUGAGUCAGGGACUACUUGUAUCCUUUUUAACCAUUAUUGUUGUUGUUGUUGUCGUUCGUCGCACAGUCACCAGUCGUUCAGAUUGGACUGGGCAUUUUUGUCCGCCUCUGGAGUCCUUCCCGAGGACCUGGGAUAGGCAGAUGUGGAAGUUUGGUGGUGUUAAAGGUAUUGUCGCAGGAUGUCAGCUGUUCUAAGUAAAGCUGCCUUCUACCAUUGGCUGAUAGGGAUUUUGUCAACGCCGAUGUUAUCAGAUACAUUUGCUGCCCAUUUAACUCUUCAAAGCAAUUCCAAGCACUUUUCUCCAUGCUGAAUGUUUCUUUGUGGUGAAACUCCCCAUGUUGGGAAAAGAAAGCAUUGGUGAAGGAUUUGACUGACUUGAUAACAGUGAAACAUGUAGUCUUAUCAAUACUUCAUCCUGUUAUCCCAAAGGUGGUUUUUCAAAAGGCUAUUAGACUUUGUUUUUCCUUGAAGGUGCUUCGCUUCUCAUCCAAGAAGCUUCUUCAGUUCUGACUGAAUGGUGGAUAGGGGAAGGAUUUAUAUUCCUUGCAGACAGCUGGUCAUUAAAAUGCUGUUGAGGCCACUUGGAGGUUUAUCUGUGCCCUCAGGGUCACCUGAAUAGUGCAAAUGGGUGUGGAACCUUCUUGGAACUGCUAAAAGGACUGUAGCCUCAAUUACUCUGUAAUAACCAGAUGAUUAUAAGGAAUAUAAAUUCUUCCAUCCUCCACCAUUCAGUCAGAACUGAUGAAGCUUCUUGGAUGAGAAGUGAAAUGUCUUAAACAAGGAUAAACACUUUUGGGACAGCCAUGACCUGGAUGACUGAGAAUCGCCAUAGACCUUCAUCCUGGUAAAUUUAAUGAAGUCUUAAUUGGCAGUCAAAAAUGGCUACCCUCUGUGUUUAGGUAUGGUAAUAGUAGCAUCUUCCAUUUGGAAUAGAAACACUGAAGCUCUGCCAAAUGUAGGUGGCUGUUUAGAAGUCACGUUUGUCCAGCUAUGUGCAGGAGAUACAGCUGGACACACCUGUAGCAUUGUCACCACUUACGGCUUUAAGUGACGGUGACGCGAGACCAAGUUACGUUUUCCGACUCAUUCGUCUUGGACAUCAUGGCUUGUAAGACUGCUGAGACCUUACAUAUAUUUUCUCCUUAUAGGUGAAAAGGGAAUUGGGAAAACAACUGGAAAAAAGCUUUGCUACAAAGGUUCAACUUUCCACCGCGUGGUAAAAAGCUUCAUAAUUCAAGGCGGAGACUUUAGCGAAGGUAACGGAAAAGGAGGCGAAUCUAUUUACGGAGGAUACUUCAAAGGUAAACUUCAAGCAGUUACUUUAAACCUCGGUGGCUUCAGCUUUGCGAAUUCCAAUUUCAGCUUUUCAUAACCAGGUUUAUAUAGCUCCUCUUGCAUGAAAGUAUAAUAUUGCAUGGAUAUUCUCUGUGUGCAUGAGAGUUUUAAAAAUUCUUAAGACUGUAAAUGUUAGCGUUAACAGUCAACGUUUAUGGCGGCUAUUGUAGUGGUUAAAACUUGACUUCAGCAUGGAGGCUAGCCAACUUGAUUCAUGCCAACUCCUGUCUUCCUGCCUAAAACUGUCAACAUAUUCUUUUGUUUAUAGAGAAUGUGAUCUUUUGCAAAAUGAAAAGGUAAGACACAAAAGCUCAACACAAAUUCAAACUUGUUCCCCUGCACCCUUCCUAAUAAAUCUUUGGUCAGCUGUUAAUGAAUUUGUGGCUGGGUCCGUGUAGCUUUGGAGAGCAAACCCAAAAUAGUUUGAGAGGCCCAAGAUGGCCUUCGGUUUGACCAAGACGUCCUUGGGAUGUCACCUACUUGUCUUUCAACUCAGGUGCUCCCUUCCCUUUCCUUUUUGAGGUUUGUAUGUGUCUUCUCAAUUAUUUGGGGCAUGUUUUAAAAGUGUUGGGUUAUAAAUCAGAUACCAAACAGUUUUUCUUGUUACGUUGAUUCCAAAUGUGUCCUGAACGUACUUAGGUAGAAAAGAAUAACCUUUUCUAAAUGAGCUGCUUUGUACAAAAGUUAUAUUCUGAAAGCACUUAAUCAUAGAAUACAACAGCAAUUAUUCUUCUGUUUGCCAAUCUGUAUUGUAAAGGUUUUUGGUUCUUCUAAGAUUUUGGAUUAGGUAAGUACAACUGUCCUGGUACUGUACAAUUACGCUUUUAAUAAAAUUCAGUUAAAGCUGCCACAAUAGACUCGCAAUCAUCAUCAUAACAGCAUGUUGUAAAAUGAGAUUUUUCCACUCUGAAACUGAAAAAAAACCCCAUACAUGGCAUUCUUAUUUUGUUGAUGGCUGUUUGUAGUUGAGAAUUACCUUAACAAACAAAUCAUAAUUUAAUUACCGAUAGAAUAUUUGUAGCUCAGGGUUGAAAUGUGGAGUCCUUUGUUGCUCUCUGAGCUGGAUGGUUUUCUUGCAGACAUUGCAUGAAACAUCAUCAGCACUAGAAGGGAGCGGGCUUCUAGAUUCUAGCACUCAUUAUGUUACCUAGUUGGGUCAUAAGACGUCUACCAGAAAACCACCAAGCUCAAGAAAACACCAGGACCCCACAUACUUAGUUUAAUUGGUUUAGUGAAAGAGUCAGAGUGGUUUGUCUGUCCAGUUCAAAGAAAGAGGCUUUUUGGUGAGGGGGUUUCUGUGUUUUCUGAUCCAACCCAAUUUUAUUGCAUGCUAGUGAUUCUUAGCCUAUGGAUUACUGGAUAAAUUACUGCUUUGGAAUUGUUCUUACCUUAUUGCUAGUUGAUUAACGUUAAGGAGUAUCUACACUAGUGUUUCUCAACUUUGGCAAAUCUAAGACAUGUGGACUUCAGCUGCCAGAAUUCACCGUGGCUGGCUGAGGAAUUCUGGGAUUUGAAGUGCACACAUCUUAAAAGGUGCCAUGAUUGAGAAGCACUGAUCUACACAGAUUUUUAUUUAAACUCGAGGCAUGUUGUCUUUUCACAAAGGAAAUUUGAACUUCCUUGUUUCGUGGAAACAUUCAUUCAGAUGCUAGUUCUUAACUGGUUAGUCGAUGAUUGAACCAAAGGAAUAUAUGCUAGUUCCAUGGAGCUGCAUGACAUCUGCUCAUUCUGCAGCUAAAGGAAAUGUGUUUUAAUAGCAGGGCUGGAGAAAUCUCUGCAGUGUUGGAAGGACAAUCAGAGAUUUCACAAAAGCGGUUUAAAAAUGGUAAAGUGGCUUGUCAUAAUCAAAACUUCCAAAUAUUCUUGAUUAAAGGCUGCUCAACGAUUGCUUGUGUGCAAACUGUCUUUCUAAUUAAUGGCAUAGAUUGUUUCUGAGUUUUUACUGCACAACGGGAUAAUUCUUCAUGACUGAUACUUGUAAAGGGUCUAAAUGCCAGGGGGAGGUUGAUUUGUCUCUCUUUUGUCUCCUUUUUUGAAACAGAUGAAAACUUUAUUUUGAAACACGACCGAGCCUUUCUUUUGUCAAUGGCAAACAGAGGGAAACAUACGAAUGGUUCCCAGUUUUUCAUAACUACGAAGCCUGCUCCUCACCUUGAUAGCGUCCAUGUCGUCUUUGGACUUGUCAUUUCUGGUUUUGAAGUUAUAGAACAAAUCGAAAAUCUGAAAACUGAUUCUGCCAGUAGGCCAUAUGCCGACGUGCGCGUCAUUGACUGUGGGGUCCUGGUUACCAAAUCGGCAAAGAAUGUGUUGGAGAAGAAGCGGAAAGCAUGGAGUCACUCAGAAGCUUCCAAUAGCUCCUCCAGCAGCACAUCCUCAUCAUCGGAAUCUUCUUCCGACAGCGAAUAUGAAAAUGAGCGAACCAGAAGAAGGAAGAGGAAGAGGAGGAACAAAGCUAAACAGUCCAGGAAACGAAGACGGGAAGAGAGGAAAAAAGAGGAAACAAAAAACAAACACAGCCAUUCCGACCGAAGCGAAACAAACGAAAAAUCAGCAGACCUGAGUGUGAAAAGGGAUAAACCAGUCGUCCGUCCGGAAGAAAUUCCUCCCGUGCCGGAAAACAGAUUCCUGCUUAGAAGAGACGCACCCAUUAUAAAUACAGAGCCAGAUCUGAGACCCGUUGAUUCAGGACCCGCUUCGGGCGACCAGAAGCCGUCGGUGUCAAAAUCUGGAAGAAAAAUCAGAGGGAGAGGCACAAUAAGAUACCAUACGCCACCUCACUCUCGCUCGUGCACGGAAUCGGAUAACAAUGGAAGCAGUGAAACACCGCCCCACUGGAAGGAGGAAAUGCAGAGAUUGAGAACUUAUAGGGCGCCCAGCGGAGAAAAGUGGAGUAAAGGAGACAAGCUGAGCGACCCAGGACGAUGGGAUGAAAGAAGUCUAUCCCCGCGGUCUCGUUCUUGGUCCCACAAUGGCUUUUCAGACCUCAGUACUGCUCAGCAUGUCAGCCACCGAAAAAAACACCGGAAAGAGAAAAAAGUGAAGCACAAGAAGAAGGCCAAAAAGCAGAAGCACUUGAAGAAGCACAAACAAAUGAAAAAGAAACAGACUCCUUCCACUGAGUUAGAAUCCUCUCCUUCUUCUACCAGAAGGAAAAAAUCAUUGCGUGACCAGGAAAGAGCAUCGCGUUCUUCCUCCCUGACAUCUAAAGAUGAUUCUUCUAGAAGAGCCUGGUCCAAAUCUGACAGAGACAAGCGGAGCUCGGCCUCUCUCUCCACCAGAGAUUCUCGCUCAUACUAUAAGUCUCGAUCCCGAACUCGGUCCAGGUCCAGAUCUUAUUCCCAAAGUUCUCAGUCGAGAAACACUCGCAUGUCCUCGCAGUCAAGGAGCCGGUCAAGAUCCAGUUCCUCCUCGAAGCCGGUCAAAACAGUCUCCAACUCGCCCAAAAAUGUGGUGGCUCAUUUAAAGGAGUGCAAGCUGGUCUCCGUUGAACCGGUACGAACAGCGUUACCCCAAAACGAUAAACUCACUAUUCAGCCUGUGGUCGCCGAAAGCCUUCCAGUCAUCCCGCUGAGCGAUAGUCCCCCACCUUCCAGAUGGAAACCAGGGCAAAAACCGUGGAAACCAUCUUACGAGCGGCUUCAGGAAAUGAAAGCCAAGACCACUCACCUACCACCUGCUCAGACAAGUUACAGUUUAAUCAGCAUCAAAGACCCCGGCUCCUCCUCUUCCUAUCCCAAACAGCAAAAGAGCUCGGAGAGUGACCGGAGCCGUUACUCCAAAAUCCAGAGCAACAGAAGUUCAGGCAGCUGGUGGAAAUAUAGUAGCAGGACUUCACGAAGUCGGUCCUCCUCCAAGUCCUCCUCAAGAUCAAGGAGCCGAUCCAGUUCGAGAUCCCAAUCCACCGUGAGAUCCCGUUCGGGGAAUCCCUUCCCCAGCGACCAGUCGUGCUACAGCGGAUCCUCCUCUUACUUUUCGCUCAGCGAGGACGACCGGCAGAAAAGCCGGACAAAAUUGGGAUCCCGCGAGAGAAAUUCUGAGCUGUCCAAGAAAAGGCAGAGCAGUUCGGAGAGCACACUUCCCUACGUGAAAGGCAUGAGCUCGUUGAAGCCUAGGAGUGCAAGCAGAUCCUCCGCCGAGUCCUCAAUCGAUAGUGAAAAAUUGACUCCAUCCCAGCCUGCCCAAGAAAAAGAACAACUAAGAUCAGAAAAAGUGGGCCGAAAGCAAAACAAAAGAAGUUUGGGUUGCAACCAGCGCGAAGAGAAACCUCGGCCUGGGCAGGAUAGCAAUCGUUCCAAACAAAAAGUUUUGAAAGAGAAAUCUGAGACUCUCAAAAGCGGCCGGAAAGCCAAAACGAAAAAGUGUGCGAGCGACGAGUGGGAUUCCGAAUCGAAUUCUGAAAGAGACGGAACCCAAGACGAGAAAGAAAACUCAAGACUCUUGUCUGCAAAAGAGGAAGGCGAGGCCUCGUCGGACUCCGAUACGGAUCCCUGCCCACCCACCAAACACAAGUCGAAAUCUGAACCCGUCCCAGAUACGUCGAAAGGGAACAAGCCUCCUUCCUCUUCAGACACUGAGACUUCUGAUUCCGAUGCGGGUUCCAGGGACAAAUCCCGGAAGCCGAAGCGAAGUUCCAAAAAGUCCUUCCGAAAAGUCCAUGGCAAAAAGGCGAAAGAAAAAUCCAAAAAUAAAAAGGAAAAGAAACACAAAGCCGAAAAACGUAAAGAGACAUUCCAUUGGCAGCCCCCCUUAGAGUUUGGAGAAGAGGAAGAGGAGGAGGAAGUCGUUGCGGGGAAACCUGGAACGAAAGAAGAACGAGAGAAACACGCCAAAAAGGAAGCAAAAGACAAAAACAAAGACCAGGAUUCCAAAAGUGAUAAAACACUCAAAGACCAAGCGAAGGAUGAUCGGAUGUCCCAUGAAGAACCUGCCCUCUCAAAGAGAGGAGCAAAUCAGGCCUCAUCCGCUAGCCAGUUGAAUAAAUGCAGUGAGGAAAAAGCUAUUUCUUCAACUCCUGUACCAAAUUCAAAUAAAAACGUCUCUGUUUCCAAAAAUCCCACCGCAGCUCAGGAGAAUAACAAAACUGGGCCAGAUGCCAUGCAGAUGGACGAUAUGGAGAUCUGUACUCCGGACCAUAAUUCUCCCGUAAAAGUGAAUCUGGAACUUUCUCCAGUGAGCCUGAAAUUAAAUUUCCAAGACAUUAAAGCCAGCACAAGCUCCCAGGUGCCGAUUAGUACCACAACCCGGAGCGUAAGACAAGCUGUUGAUGCUAAAGGUCUAACUAGCCUCCAAGAGGGAAGCCAAGAACGAGAUGGGGAGAAACCGAAAGCCUCCACCAGCGUGGAAACCGUGGUGAAGAUGGAAGUUUCUGAAAAUAUAUCAAGCAGUCUCGGGGACAACAAGUGGAAACCGUUACAGGGUGCUGGGAAUCUGCAGCUCACCGUAUCCGCCAGCAACAUUGUCGAAAUGAAAAACUUGCCUGCCGGCUCCUCGGAAUCCAAACCACCGGGUUUAAGGAUCGAGAUUAAAAGUAAAAACAAGAUUAGGCCGGGCUCUCUGUUUGAUGAAGUCAGGAAGACGGCGCGUCUGAAUCAGAGGCCACGGAACCACGAGAGCUCGAGUGAGGAAGAUUCCGCGACCCAAGAGGACAGCCAGUCCAGAAGUCGGAGUCGCUCCCGGAGCAAAUCGGAUGUUAAAUCCAGGCACCGGACAAGGUCUCUGUCUUACAGUCACUCACGAAGUCAGUCAAGGAGCUCCACAUACUCAUAUAGAUCCCGGAGCUACUCGAGAAGUCGGAGCAGAGGGUGGUACAGUCGUGGUCGCUCAAGAACCCGAAGUAGCUCUUACAACAGUUGCAGAAGUGAUAGUCACACUUACAGUCGGAGCCGAUCCAGAAGCAAUUCUUACACUCACCGGAGUCGGUCAAGCAGAUCCUACACAUAUGACAGUUACUACAGCCGGAGUCGCAGCCGUAGUAGAAGAAGUGACAGUUACCACCGCUCUCGUAGCUACGACCGACGUUCCAGAUCUUACGGUUCCGACAGCGAAAGUGAUCGCAGCUAUUCUAAUUGCCGAAGUCCCAGCGAAAGCAGCAGAUACAGCUGAGAGCCCGACCGGCUGAGCAUAGCGAAUUAUAAUUAACAGAAAGUUUUUGUGUCCGUAGCCUGCGUCGAGGUUUUGUUUUUUCGUUUUCUUCUCAAUGUCUAGGUAAAACUUAAAACGCUGCCAACAAAGGCGGAGCCUUAUUUAAACUUAACACAACCUUUUUUGUACACUCUAUUCUGGUGAUCAUUUUGUGUUGCCCGGAGUUCCCUUUCCAAACGAUAGAUGAUAACGGUUGACAUGCAAUCUUAAGCCCGGUAGUUGUUUCUCCGAAGGAAAUUAGCUUGGUAACCAUGAAACUGAAGAAUCAUAGGAAUCUCACCUGCAGUCUACCUGCCUCAAACAUUGCCCUUAAAUGCUGAAAUAAUGGUUCAUUGGUAUCUUGACACCCCAGAAAACGGUGACACUACAGAUCCAGGAAGAUCUUGGAUCUGUAAUGUUCAGGAAGAUCCUGGAUCUGUAAUGUUCAGGAAGAUCCUGGAUCUGUAAUGUUCAGGAAGAUCCCGGAAGUUCCUAACUUAAGAGAUCAUUCACCACUACAGUUCGAAUCCUGGGAGUUAGAUUCAUCCCUUGCCUGGAAAAUGUCAUGUAUAUUUGGAUCCCAGGAGUUAAAAGUUGGUUACCAUCAUGUUCCUUGAUCAAUUUUACCUAAUACACCCUUGCAGGUGUAAUCCAGGUGCCGAUAGUUAACUUUGGUGUCUGAACUCCAAGCGAUGCUAGACCACAUUGAGUCUCCGUUCUCUAUCCAGUGAAGAAGCAAGAAUAUUAGCUGUUGGCUUUUCCCAUGGUCUGCUGACUCUGGAUUUUCAUCAUGUCUGGAUGUACUAACAUUUCUAACUUUCUACUAUCGCUGUCAGAUCUGCAAGUCUGUUGAUGAGUAUCGACAAAGAUAGCAAGCUGUAAAUUUAUUUCAGAAAACUAACUUUCAGGAGCAAUCAGAUUUUGUUCCCGAGUUUGGAUUCAGCAGGUAAAAAUUCAUUUUGAAAUCGAAAUGUCGGGAUAUACACAAAAUUUUCAUAUUGGAUAAUUAACUUUUUUUAAAAAAACACAGCAGAAAUAACAUUCUGUUAUUUAGUGGUCCAGGGAUAUGCCGACUCUUUACCUGUUAAUGCCGAUCCUGAAUUUGUUAAAUUUCUACAAUGCCAAAAUGCUGCAUAUUUCGUAACAGGGUGGCACAGAGCAUUUUCCUUGGACCUGCUUCAGCCCCCAAAUUUGUAACUUGAGUUUGAGGUUGCCAUUUUGAAUUCACGGGGGAAAGACCCCACACAAAUUUCAAAGCAGCCCGUUUCAUUUUCAAAACAGUUUGAAGGAUUUCCUAGACUCCCUGUUUCAACUUUUUAUUAGGAGCCAAAAUGUACAGUUGGAAUGAUCUUUUUUUUUUUCCUUUGAUGCAAUUAAAAAUACGAAUCACUUAA